ACCAGGGGACAGGAAACUAAGUCUGACAGUCUGUCAGCUCAGAACUGCAGAAUCAACAUGAGCUACGAUAAACCCAUCCUCUGGGCCUGCACCGCGGCUCUGCUCACCGGUUGGGUCCUCACAUAUGAUAAUGGACAUUGUUCUGGGACUGUCACAAGGCACUCAUGCAACUGGACUUGUAUGCACCUCACUCUUCAAUGGCCUGGGAGUUUCUGUAUAGGUCUGAACAACAAAACCAUUUGUAAAAUACCGCAGACUGUUCAAAACUGGACCAUCCAUGGUUUAUGGCCUAUACGUACCGGUCACUGCUGUGACUGCUGGCUGAUAUAUCAUUCGCAUCUUCAGGAAAUUGAGCCUGAACUCACUCAGCUGUGGCCAUCGUUAAUAAAAGGAAAGCACUUCUUCUUAUUCUGGAAGGAUGAAUGGAUCAAACACGGAACGUGUGCAGGCUGCGAGGAGAGCAUGGGUUCACCGCUUCUUUAUUUCCAGGCCGCAGUCAAGCUUCGGAAGUUCUUUGACAUUGAUAACAUUUUGGAAAGCUCUGGAAUUAAAACCUCUUGUGAUGUGUCAUACAAACAUGACUACAUACGUGGUGUUCUGACCCCGCUGCUGGGACAGUAUUAUGAUUUGCAGUGUGUCACGGACAGCAAGGGUCGUGAAGUGUGGAUCCAGCUGAAGAUUCAUCUCUUCAGGAACCAAACCCUUGGAUGUCCCAAACAAGAGCAGAAGUUUGAUGGAUUUUCGUGGAUUAACAGCACAGGCCAUCCCUGUCCGAACAACACCACCGUCUAUUAUGUUCCAAUUAACUACGAAAAUCCUCAUCAACCCUGUAACUAAGAGAAUCUGAAGCUAUAGGCUUUCACUGCUUCCAUGUUUGACUAUCUUUUUCCAGUGUAAAGAAAACUGUUACAUAAUUCCUGGAGCAUUUAACCUUUAUUUUCCCUCAUUAACAAACCAAUAAGAAUCAAAUAUGAAAUAUGCAAAUCACAGGGGUUAAAGGGUUUUGAAAGUCCUUUAAUGCACUCAGAAUGUACACCAACUGUUAAUGUCAUUAAAGGUUCAGGAUGUAAUGGACCAUGAUGUUGAAUAAAGUUUUGUGGUGCAGCAA